AUGGCUUCGAAAGCCAUGUGGGAGGUCGACCCGGAGACUCGGUCAAAGCUCAUCGCAAUCCAAAAGGAAUCCGGGAACAAUAUCUGCUGCGACUGCAACGCGCCCUCGCCGCAAUGGGCGUCCCCCAAGUUCGGCGUCUUCAUCUGUCUAUCCUGCGCCGGCGUCCACCGCGGCCUCGGCGUGCACAUCUCCUUUGUGCGGUCCAUCUCCAUGGACGCCUUCAAGGCGAGCGAGAUCGAGCGCAUGCGCCUCGGCGGCAACGAGGGGUGGAGGAGGUUCUUUGAGGAGCACGAGGACACAAAGAUGCGCGGCCUCACAUGGGAGGACGCCACGAUCGCGGAGCGCUACAGCGGCGAGGCGGGCGAGGAGUGGAAGGAGAGGCUCAGCGCAAAGGUCGAGGGCAAGGACUACGUCCCCGGCGAGAAGAAGGCCGCCCCGGCCCCGGCGCCGACAAACACAGCUGCAAGAAAUGUGCAGAGGACCGGGACGCCGCUGAGCGGGUCUGCGAAUAGCAGGACGGCGAGCCCUGGGCCGGGCAAGGUCAAGGUGGACGACAAGUACUUUGCGGGCCUGGGCGCGGCCAACGCCUCGCGGUCCGAGGAGUUGCCGCCCAGCCAGGGAGGAAAGUAUGCCGGCUUUGGAAACACGCCGAUGCCGCAGAAGGGCAACGAGCAGGCCCUGCCUGGCUUGGACGAGUUGCAGAAGGAUCCCCUUGCUGCGCUGGGCAAGGGAUUCGGGUGGUUCACGAAGACGGUGUCCAAGACUGCGCAGACAGUCAACAACGACUUCAUACAGCCUACGGCCAAGCAGAUCGCGGAAUCCGAGUUUGCAACUCAAGCUAGGACUGUGGGCGGCCAGGUCGCGCGCUCUGCGCAGGCCGGCGCGAAGGGUGCCCAGGACGGCUUCACCCGAUUUGUCGAGGGCCAGGAUUCGCGAUCGAACUAUAGACAGGUGCCCAUUGACGAGAGCAAGCGAGGCUUCUGGGACGACUUCUCGUCUAUUGCCGAGCAGAACAAGGCCGCGGGAAGCUCCAUUGGCACCUCGGCGAUGGGCAAGGGAAACAAGGGCCCAUCCAAUGCAAAGGGUAAGGAUGAGUGGGAUGACUGGUGA